AUGGAUGAUAGUAGUGAUGAUGGAAGUUGCGAUAUUCCAAUACCUCCAGGACCAAUUAUAGUCCAAUCAAUUGAUGAUAAUCAUCUGAAUGAAGAGGAAAAUAAUUCAUCAAAAGUAAUAGCAAAUGUUCCUUCUUCUUCUUCGUCAUCAUCAUCGAUAUCGGCUGUGGAUGAAAAUCAGAUAGAAGAAUAUUCAGAGAAUAAUAAUGGCCAUCAAAAAGACUCGGACCCUACCAUCCAGCCACCAGAAUUACAAGCUUGCUCAUCAUUGGAAGAUUCAUCCGAUGAAGAAGAGGAAGACAACAUUCAACCUCCUUUUAGACCUCCACCAUCUUUACCUUCUCUGAAUGUGCCAAAUCUAGUCCCUAAUUCUAUCCCUACCAAUUCUACCACUCCAAAUAUUGUCACACAACCAAAAUUUGUUGCAAAGGAAGAAAUUGAUGAAUAUACCAGUAGUGAUGAAUCUGAUGACAAAAUGACAAAAGAAAAUCCACAUGAUGUUGUUAUGGUACUUUCCCCUCCUCCACAACCACCUUCUAAUGGCAAUAGCCCUGUAAAUAAUAGACCAAGCAUUGUUCCAAAGUUGACCCUCACCAGCUCAUCAUCGUCUGAUAAUAUUGUUCCAGGUCCUGUCAAUACUACUCCUUCUUUUGAAAUUUCUGUUACAACAACACCAAAUACUGGAAAACAAAACACAACAAGUACAGCCCGAUCAUCUAAUUCAACCUAUUCUUCACAUACUAAUGGGUUGGCUGUUCCAAGUGGAGGAAGAACACCAGAAACUAAUCUAGCCAAAAGAUCACUUAAACUUGGAGAUGAUUUCGAACAACAGUCAAAAUAUCUUUUCCAAGUUAAUGAAAAAGGAUUUGUUGUCUCAGUAGCUGCGAGUAUUUUAAUGGAAUUCCAACAAUAUGUCGAAAAUGAAUUUAUUGAAAGUUCUAAAUUAAUACCUUAUCAAGUACUAGCAGAAAUGAAGGAAAAGAAAAAGGAGGAUGUUAAUUUUACCAAACUCUUUAGUUUUAGAAAUUCUGAAGGGUAUCUGAAACACUUGAAAUUAUUUAAAGAGACAACUUUUGAAAAGAGUUGCCAACUAUAUUGCCAACUUUUAUUGGAUUGGCUUCAAUCUUCAACCUCUGAGGUUGCCAUUCCUGAAUGGUCGUACACAAGAUUCACCUCCAGAUUAAUUCAAAAACUUAAUUUAUCUGGUGAAGAAAAAACUCACGUUCUUGUUCAAUCCAUUAACAUUUUAAUAUGGCUCGUUGUCAGUGAUGUAUUCUCUAUUAUAUUGAAGAGCUAUCAUCCAAAUAUUGUUGACUCUCACGUAACAGAAAAUAUUAUGGGCUAUUGUUUUGAUAUUGUCAUCUUUGAAACUCAUACAAAUGCUAAAAUUUAUACAGUUUGGAAACAAAUGCAAUCUGUAAUUAAUGAUCAAUGGGCAUUUGUUUUGAGAAGAUUGUCAAGAAGAAAUUUAACAGAAGUGUGCUCCUUCUUCCUUUCAAGAGUUAAUAAGAAGGUUGAAAAAGGGCUCACAAAAUGCUACUUACAAUCCCUCAAGUAUAUAGAUAUAGACCUUACCGACAGUGCUGGUGCUACACGUGAGCUUUUAGAUACCUUGCUCAAACUCUCGGAGCAUGAAAAGAUUGUUAAAUCCUCAAUAACUUUGAGAAAUUGUGCUCUAGCAGUUUUGCAAACUGUCUAUUCCCAACUUGAUUUUGAAUUGGAAGAAAAUUGCAAUUUAUUGGAAGAUUUCAACUUGAAGGUUUAUAAUUUGGCCAACUCUUUUGAAAAGAGCAAGAUUGGUCAAAAAGGAUCAUCAAAAGGUGAAUCUAUGAUUCUCAAAUCCUUGAUUGUUAAACAUGCCACUUUUCAAUUCCACAAUAAUCAUGCUUCCAAAUUGGCAGAUGAAGUUAUUGAAUUUGCUCUCAAAAAGAAAGAUCAAACUUCCUUGUUAAAUCAAGCUCUUUACUCCUUGUGUGUUAUUACUAAGGACAAAUACAAUGUGGAUAGAAACAUGUCGCCAUUUACAUUUAUUGGAGGUCCAUAUAGUAACAAGCUUUUAAAGAACAAACCAUUCGUUGACUUGGUGUAUUCUGAAACAGACAAGAAUAUCUCAUACUUUACUGAGGACCAAACCUCCAAGUCGAAAUAUACCGAAGUGAUGAAGAAAGUUCUUGUCAGUGUUCAAGCAUUCUUGCAAAAAUUGAACGUCAGUAUUGAGGCGGAGCUAUUCGAUACUACUUCCUUCUUUUUAAUGCUCUUGAUUAUGAGAAUUGCCUCUCAUGACAUUGAAAGUGUUUUGGGACCAGAUGGAAUUGUCAGAAAGUAUCUGAGCCGUGACUUCCAAAAGAAUAGUCUCUUCUCUGUAGCUGCUUUCCGAGUAUUGAAGGCUAUGCAAAACAAUGCAAAGGAUUCCUACAAUGUUGAUGUUUUGAGUUGUGAAUCUGAAAUAGAAUCAAUCAAGAGACAGAGCUCAUUUACAUCACUUUUGAGUGGUUUCAAGGCAGAGGGCUUCUAUUUGAAGAAAGUACUAGAGCACUGUAAUGAACGUAUGAAUGUUUCAAUCUUGCAAUAUGCUGAUUUUGACCUUCCAGUUGUAAAACCAGAGAAUACUAUUACUUUCAUUCAAGACGAAAGUGACAAUGAUAGCGAUAUUUAUAUAUUCAAAUCAACAUCAUCAGAAAGACAGGACGAUAAUUAUAGUUUCAACUCAAGUGCUACUAGUGCUAGUACAAUUUCUGAUACUGACCAUAAUCUUUCUUCUGCAUCAGCUAAUGUAAUGCCUGUUAGCCCUCGUGUCAGAAAAUUGACCAAAAAGGGUGCCUCAGAAACUGAUAUUUUCAAACCUCUAAUGAGACGUAAGACAGCAACAACUUCUGAUUUCAGUAAUACUCUGAAUCGUUAUCCAUCAGUUACUAGUUCUUCAUCUACACAGGCAUCCAAUGAGCAACAAUUAGAAAAGAGAAAGACAACAAAAGAAGAAAAGUUAAAGAAGGAAAGAUAUGGACUUGUAAAGAUUCUUAUCCACAGUAUUUCUACAUUGCCACUGUUUGCUAGUGAGGAUAUAUUAGCCUACGACAAGUUGGAAAACUUUUUGGGCAACUUCUUGAUAUGUGGAGAUGUAACCAUUGCACAAGCCACUUCUGCUGCUUUACAGGAAACUAUGAAGCAACAUCCAUUAUUGAGAUCGUCAAUAAUUAAGAAAUUAACAGAAUUGCUUAUUUAUCAAUUGAAACAAUUUGAUGAGGUGAAAAGUAUCAAAUACUUGUUAAAGAAUAUUAUUCAACUCAUUGGAAUUUGGUCCGAGGACAAGGCUAACAUUGACCGUAGUAUUGAUGCAUGGAUUUUCAAACUUGAGGCCGGUUGUUUAAUUAGUAUGUGCUUUGUUGAUAGACAGUUGAGAUUGACAGCACUAGAAUGCCUUUCAGUCAUCUCUAACUUGUUCUAUGAACAUGUAUCUGGAUUGAGCUAUAGAAUUAUCAUAGAAAAUCAAUCUACAAUCAUUCAAAGAUCUAUUAGAAAGAUUGAAGUUAGAGAUGCUAUGGGUGUUGAUGAGUACAUCAUGUCUGACGAUUUGUUGCUCAAGUUAGAAAGAGAGAGUUUGGAAAGUGUUUCUCAAAGUGAAACAGCAGCAACUGUUCUCUAUACCUACAUUUUAGGUUUCAUUGGAGAAACUUUAGCCGAGCAAAAUUGCAAAAUGUAUCCUGACUUGUUAUUUUUAAUUAAGGACUUUUGUAUAGGAGUAUCUGAGUUAGCACUCGAAGAUGAAAAGUAUGCCCCACUUUGGACAGAUUCACUUUGCUUAAUGUCAUCCCUGUGCGGUGUUCCUAAUCCAGAGGAUCAAAAUAUGCUUGCAGCUUUAGAGAACUAUAGAGGAAUUGUCAAAAACACGUUGAAACAAAUAGAUCUUUUCGAUAAGUUCCUUUGUUCUGAAGAAGUUUGGCACCACAGAGCCAUUGUAAAUAUUUGCUCCUGCUUUAAUUAUCAAUCUCUGCCAACUUUAAUGGACAUACUCUAUUCAUUCUUGGAAAAUAAGAGAGAAAAGAAGGUAUCCGUUACUACUAUUAUUGCCCUUAAGGAUAUUGCAAGAAUUUUGAACAGUAUUACACAAACUCAAAGUUUUGCCAAAUUGGUGAAAUAUCUAUCCAUCUUUUCUCAAUUCCUAAGACAAGCAUCCGAUUUGAUUCAAAAAUCUUAUGGUAUACUUGCUUCUGAGAGAGAUGUGAAAAUUAAGGAUCCAUUCCAUUUGUAUUGUAUUUUCCAUUCGUAUGCAAACAAUGCAGCUGCUUUGAAUAAUAUUGCCAAGACAUUAUUCCUUACAAAGAAUAGUCAAACCAGACAAAAAUCUAUCAAAAUUACAAAUGCUCUCUUCUUGAGAAACGGAAAUGUUUGGCAAGAAGAUGCCCGUGUGAAUUCCAUCAACAGUCUCAGAGAAUGUUUGGAUAAGAUAACUCAAAUGCAACAAGUGGCUGAUGUAACUGUUGAAAGAUUGAAGGAUGAGAAAGCCAAAGAAUAUUGGAGGGGUGAAUAUGCAAACAUUCUCUCAGUCAAAUUGAAACAUCUUUGCUACAGAGGUAUUUCCAGUAUUUUGAAGGUGGAUCCUAUUCCUACCUUAUUCUCUAAUUCAACAUUUGAUUAUCAAACCUUUUUUAUUUCUUCAGAACUCCAAGGAUACAGAAUGUUGGACGGUGUUCUUUGUCACCACUUUGAACAUUUAUUUACAGAGUUUAUUUCAACAAUUUACACAACCACCGAUGAUGACAUUUCCGAAGUGUAUAUUAAUGCAAUCUAUGACAAUUUACUUCCAAGCAGCACUGCCUUUGCACCACACUAUUGUACAAAUGAAGAUCGUUUGGAGUGGAUGUUAACACUGAAGGGUCAAGAAUUAUUCGAAGGUGCUCCAUCAUUCCUCAAUGAAGAUGAUAUCAUUCACACAGUGAUACAAAAGAAUAUCUUCUCCAUUUUGCUCUUGAUGCUCUAUUUGUUGAACCAUCCAUAUGAUUCUGUUCACUCUAAAGCUGGUGAAGUUGUUUGGGCUUUGGUACAUAACAACUUUUGUGUUGAUGAAGUGGAAAAGACAAUCAAUCCUACCCAAAAAGAAAGAGUAAUGGCUGAAUUGGAAAUUUUAGAUGUUUCACUGAGAACCAAUUCAACUACCUUGGAAUAUGCUCUUAGAGUUUCUGAUGCUGUUUCUACAUUGGUUAGUUUCUGGAGUAAUAGAUUGUUCUUAGAAGCAUUCAAAUACUUACCUACUGUAGCUGUUACUCAAAGAAAGUCAUUUUUGGUCAAUAUACUCAAACCUUGGGGCAAGUACUUGGAAGUUUGUCCAAUACCUCCUCCAAUGGAUAUUAACGAAGUUAUACAUGUCAUUAUCAAAUUCUCAUUGGAAAUUCAAAGAUCUAUUGGAGUUACAAAGGAUUUACAAUUCAUUUGGCAAGAAGUAUGCCAACAAGGUGGAAUCCUCAUGAAUCCACUUGCAGAACAAUCUAAUCAAAUCAUGGGAUUAGAUUAUUCUAUUGAUCUCAAAUAUCCAAGAAAUCUUGUAAUGAUUAUAGAUUACAUCAAGGCUCUCCUCUCCAAUGCCUAUGAUAUUGAAAAGGAUAAGAAGACCAAGUAUGAUAUUGAAACAGUAUGCAGAGGAACUGCUUUGGCUCUCUUCUCAGUUCAACCAAAACUAACCCUCCAACUUUUACUCGGCAACAUAACCUCUUGUGAUGAUAAUUAUGGUGAUGCGAUCAUGUGUUUGUUACACGAUAUUGUCUGUCACAAUGAACACAAGACUGUGGUAUUGGAGCAAGCUCACAUUAUUUUGGUUUAUGCUUUAAUAAGAAUGGACGGAAUGAACGAAUAUGCCCACAACCUUUUCACCAGUAUGCUUUUGAGUUUAAUGUCCCACACCAGUUCUCAAUUAUUGACAAGAAAGUACUGGUUGUUGCUCAUCAAAUUAUUGAAGGACAAGGUUAUUGUUAUCAAUUGGGUUGAUUGCCUCAUUGACCAUCAAUCUUCAAAGCUCUCCCAAUUGGAUGUUGAAUCAUUGGUUCCAUUCACAACGGUACAGGGCUCAAUCAGUGCUGGUUAUCUCAUCAAGAUACUUGUAGAUUGUAUUGAAUCUUCUGUUGGAUCUUCAUUGGUUGACCAUUUCGCUCAACAUGCCCUCGAAAUGGCCACAAGAGAAACCAAGAACGUUGCUUUCAUUCACAAUUAUUUGAGCAUUUUCUACUUCUCUCUCCAUCAAACCAAGAGUGUCUCACUCACAUCAUCAGUUUUGUACAGAGUACUUCAUUGUGCCUACGUAUUCACAGAAUCAUCAGAUACAAACUCAACACAAGCAUCCCUGUCACUGGCUAAUAGAGUAUCCAAUAUUUCAAACAGUGAGGUUCUCACCGAUUCAAAGAUUCUUGCAUUAGAUGUUUUGCACUUGAUUAUUAGCAGAAGCUCCGCCUUGGACUACAAACAUGUAUUCUGGUACCUUGUUUCCCUUCUCACAGCAACAAAUGCAAACGCCAAUAAUGAGUAUGUUGCUGCUAUUGUUGAUUGUUUGUAUGUUCUCAAGGAUAAUGAAGCCUGCUUCUUAAAGUACUUCUUAGUUGAUAAUGAAAAAGUUGUAAAGACUGAAUUGGACAGAUACAUUGCUGAUAGAAGCUGGAGAGGUUUAAUCUAUAUUUUGGCUGAACAAAUACCAAAUAAGGUUGUGCAACAAAAGGUUUUGGACUUGAUCUUAAUCUUUAUGAAGGCAAAUCCUUCCCACAUGCUUGAUGACGUUCCAGAUAGAAAGCUCUUUACUAUUCUCAUAUCACUCAUGCCAUACUUUAUUUGUGAAUUGGAUAGUCUUGUUUGUCAAAAUCUCAUCAAGUGUAUGAGAGAAGAAUUGUCAAGCCCUCUCUUUGAUUGUUUCACCAAGCUUGAAACUAUUUCUCCUAUCGAUUUCUCUAACAAAGUUUGUUCAGAACUGGUAAAAUUCUUUGUCAAUGUAGAAUAUGCUAUUCAUGCUGCUGAUGUUUUGACAAACAUGUACUUGACAAGUACAUCAAGACUUAGAGAUUCUAUUCUCCUCCUUGUAUCUUCUCUGGUCAGAUAUUCACCAAAAGAAGCUAAUGCAUUUGCCUUGCUCUACAAGUUGGCAAUUACUUCAGAUACAUCUGUUGCCAGCUCAUUCCUUUCUGAGGUUUUGAAUCCUGCUGUGAAAGACUUUAAGCAAUUACUCAAGUACAACUCUGAAGAUGUUCAAAGAUUGAAUGAUAUUUGCAAAUAUACUCCAAAGGCCAUUGUUGAUGGUACCCAACAAAAGGUUUUGUGUAAUAGAUUGAAGAUACUCGUUGAGGAGUCCUACGGUCUCAGUAACAAGAAUGACAGACCAAAAGUUCUCUCUAUCAAACCAACCUCUGCUCGUAAAGUCUCUAACCCUGCAGUUAGUGUUGCAACUACGUCAUCAGCAUAUGUUCCAAACACUCUUCCUAUACAAACCCCAAGAUUAAUUUCUCCUUCUAUCAAUCCUCCUAGUAAUGUUUCUGAUAAUUCUCAUAACCCAACUAUCCCUACAAAUAUCCCUGUUAUUAUUCCAGAACAUCACAAUGUACCACCGCCAGUUGAUUCUCAUAUUUCAAUUCCCCUCCCAGAUAUUGUUCCAGAGAAAAUCUAUUCUAUUAGCAUGCUUUCUAAUCCACCUCCACAACCUUCCUCUUCCUCCUCUCCUUCUCUUGAUAAGACUAAUCGUAUUCCUGAUCUUGCUAAUUUAUUAUACAAUGAAAGCUAUGCCAUGUAUUUCAAGAACUUUGCACUCACCAAGUCAGAUAAUACUGAAGCACUCGAUUUCUGUGUAUCUGCCCUCAAGUAUGAGAAGGCAACAGAUUCCAUUCAAAGAGCUGUAUUUGCAAAGAGAAUAGUCCAACAAUAUGUCAAUCAAGAAAACUCCAAUGUUUUGAAUGACAAUCAAAAGCAAGCAGUUCUUUCCAAGUAUAGAGAGAAUGUCAUUAAUCCAUCCACUGAUUUAUUCUCUGAAAUUGUGACAACAGUUCAAGCUCAAUUAUUAGAUUUGUAUCAACAAUUUUUAGAAAGUUCUCACUGUUCUGAAUUGAGUAACAAGAUUAAGAAUAACCUUAUUUAAAUAAAUUAUUAAUAUAUGUAUUUUCUAGA